CGCAAUCAUCGUUUUUUGUUCCAGCGCUAAGUCUGCACGUAUUUUGUUGGUUUCGGUGCUCUUCAGCUUAAGUUUAAAGUCGAUUUCAGUGAUAUAUACGUUCUGAUCUGCACCGCAAACGAGUGCAGCUUGUUGCGACUGAAAUUGUCCAUACGGAGUUACGUGAUUUUCCGGCCGUGGCACCUAACCGUUCGAGUAAUCCGCGUCGAUCGGAUGUCGAGUGAGGGAAGACUCAAGCGCGAAGCACAUUUUUGCGAGGUCUCGUCCACAGCGAAUUGAACGUGUUUUAAAAUAGUACAGAUAUGUUUCAAACGCGAAAAGAGGUGGACGCACAUGUCCACAAGAUGUUGGGAAAGCUUCAGCCGGGAAGCGAGCGCGACGUCAAAGGCUUGGCGGUAGCUCGAUUGUACAAUAAAGUCCAGGAAUACCCAAAGGCAAUUGAGUAUUUGAACGCCUAUCUCCGGACGAGGGACGAUGCAGUAGGCCAUAAUUUGAUUGCCACCUGCUACAGUAGGCUGAACCCGCCGGAUGACAAAAAGGCGCUGCAGCACCUCCAACGUUCCAUUCAAAUCAAUUCGCGGCAGUCAGAGGUGGUCGUGGACGCCUGCGAACUAUUGCUGAAGGAGAACGAGUCACUGAACACGGAGUCCGCCAAAUACUGGUUAGAUCAGGCUAUUAGCCUUGAUUUAGGCGACAACCAACAUGUUUUCUCCCUGCGAAUGCGGGUAAAUCUGAUGGACAGCAACGGCAAUGCCGCAGACGGCGAGGACAACACCCUUGAGCUGCUCAUGCACAAAGAACUGCAGGCGCGUCCCCACGAUGUGAAUGUGCGCGUUCAACUGUUGCGCAGCUAUGUGGAAAAGAAGAAAUUCGAACAGGCCUUUAACUACGCACUCAAAACGGAACUAGAGUCCAAAGGCUGCACGAGUCAGUCCAGCGACUGGUACGAAAUGGUCUGGGUGGUCAUUGUCAAGCUGGAAAUAUCCAAGGAUGUGAAGAAGAACUGGCGAUUUUGGCACCUCGCGUUGCACACCGUCGAUCGCCUCGUGCAGCUCAGCCUGGAGAAGGGCAGUGGACUGACAGAGAUCAGCACUCAGUUGUUUAGACUUGAUCAAUAUCUAUACAAGUUUAGCAAUACGAUAGAGAAGGAUGCCCCGCAGCGGGAUUUCCACCAAUCCUGUGCUGACCACUACACCGGCCAGCUUCUGCUUCACGCGGUGACACUGAUUUUUAAACGUGAAGUGCUGGCAAACAAAAACAAAUGGAUGAGCACGCUACGCUCCGCCUUGCCGCUUCUGCUCCUUGGUUACCAGGUGCGACCGCUCGAGGAUUCAAGUGCCCACAACUGGAUGAAGCAUUGCGACGCGGAGCAGAAGCAAAUGAUGCAGAUUUGGCGACCGAAUGGCGCCUUCCGAUGUGCCCAGCUUGGACGAACCCUUUUGGGUUGCUUGGACCGGUCACGAAUGGAAAUGGAAAGCCACAGGGAUAAUGACAACUUUAAUGAGGACAAAAUGUCGGGCAAUCUAUUGCCUGGACUAUUUGGCGACUCCGAAGAGCUGUUGGCAAGCGCUCACCAGCAGUGCUCGGACAAGAGCUGGCGCAGUCAACUUUACCAACAGCUCUUUACCCACGGCGAACACAAGCUAAAGGAUACGUCUUCGCAUCUGGUGCGGAACCCGCGUCUGCAGUUGCCAAUCUUCGAGUGGCCCAAUCUGGCGCACAUCGAGACCUACGAACAGCAGGCGUUGGUGCUGCUGCCACAGUCCUUGGCCCAUCAUGUCUACCUGGCGCUAGGCACCGAUCCCAACAAUCUAGGAGAUGCGCCACGUGUGGUGUUUUACGAGGGUCUUCGACGGGAUGUUAAGCAGAAUCUAAACUACUGUGGGCACGAUUCAAUCAGCCAGGUGGAUGUGGAUCUCUACCUCUAUGCCGCAGUCAUUCAGACCAGACGGAAAUUGCAGCUGCAGCGUGAAGCGUAUGACAGCUCCAAUUUGGGAAACCGCAAUGCUGCAGCCCGGCCGCAUAUGAUGCCAUUUGCCAAUCUGGUGGGCCAACUAGCCGCACCAGAGCAAAGUAACUGGUGGGAUCUAGUGGUGCGACUUAACUCGAACCAGCUCACUGGUGAAGGUAAUCGCGCCGAGCAACGAGCUCAACUGCAAACUGGAUUGGAGGCGGUGCGCGGCGUGAAUGGCCCCAAAGCAGAUGCCAUCAUCAUUUUUCAGCUGGGAAAGAUUUUGAAUUCCCGCUCGGAUAGUUCUUCUCUGGAGACACGUAUCGAUACCCUGUACAGGCAUGGAUUCUCAAUUUUACGCCGCCAGCACACUCAGCAGUUGGAAUCCUAUGUCCGCGUCUUUAAGUACGGAUCCUCCGGCUCAACGGCAGCAUGGCAAGAUCUUCAGUCGUUGGCUGAGGAAGCCGUCACCUAUUUUAGCACAAAAAUGUUCAGGAUAGGACAGUAUGAGCAGUUUUUGGACGAGGUCCGGGGACUUAAUCUGCCCGUGGCCUACUAUAUGCAAUCGGAGGCGUGUCGUCACCUUGAGGAUUCUUCCAAGUUGCCGCGAAGCUCCCGAGUUCGUUACUCGGAGCGGAGACAGGAGUGCCUGCAGCAAACGCAAAAGUUAAUCAGAAAUGAUGUCAAGCACCCACUCACCUCGGCCAUUCAACGGGAGAUGCGUAGAUUCCAACAGGAACGCAAUAGUCGGGGCAUCGAUGAUAGCUUCGGCAGUCCGGAUGUACAUAACAAUUCAUCCGCCUACGAGGAUGCUGAAGAUGACUUCUAUUCCAUCGCAGCUUUCCCUGCUAACCGUUCACGUCGCCAAGUGGAUGUCACGCCAGUCACUCCCAUUGUUGUGGCACAACCCAGUCAGGAGAUGGAGCAGACUGUCAAGCAGAUCAGCAAGUCUCUGUGUGUGCUCAAGGACGAUGUGAGUGUGGGAAUGGAAGCCAUGCGGCAGGAAAUCAAAGCCCUCACUGACAAGUUCACUGGGCUGGAGGAGCUGCUUAAGAAGAUAAAGAUCAGUAGUCGAGACACGCCUACGCGGGAUGUGGAUCCUGCAGCUGCCUUAGGCCUGGAUGACCUCUUCAUUAUUGAGGAUGCACUGGCGGAGCAUCAGCAGCAGCAGCAGCAGCAACAACAACAGCAGCAGAGCCACAACCAAGGUGCAGUCCACCCAGUCGUUCCAAAUCCGUAUACUCCUGGCUUCUACAACGGGGUACCAAACACGCCAUCAGCCCAAGAGCGUUUUCUGCCGGGACCAUACGGAAGUCCCAUGUUUAACCAAAACCAGAUGUACAACUACUAUGCUGCUCAGGCUCAGGCUCAAGCGCAAGCGCAGUUCUUGCGAACUCCUCCAGCUGCAGGAUCAAUUCCACCUCCCAAUAUGUUUGGUCCUCGAAAUCCAAACUUUGGCCUGCCGACUAUGUUUCCCCCGCCGACUGUGCCUUCGGUAGCACCUUACAUCGACGCCAUGGGCAACUUUACCCAGCCUCCGCCAAGUCUGAUACCUCCUCCCGCUCAGCCAGCAGCGCCUGCGGCUCCCUUGAACAUCCUGGAGUCCAAGCCUGUGGGUGCACUGCCAACACCCGGAUUCUUUAACACGACAACGCCGGGCUUUGGAGUUUCUCCCAUUCAAGUGCCGCAGUCCAAGCCAUUAAGUGUACCAACGGGGCCACUUCCCGGCACUGCUUCUGCUCCACCAAAUGCUGCUGCUGUGAAUCCUGCGACAACAACUGCUGUCCCGCCUCCUAUUCAUGUACCUCAAGUGGCUCCUUCUGUUCCCGCCCCCGCACCCGCCCCUGUAAGUGUGCCCACUAUGUUUAACCGUGCGUUGAACAAUCAGCCCGUGGAAAAGGAGCCGCCAGCCAAUGUGGUCAUAACCAGUUCAGAUCCAUUGCCGAAACCCACGACUGCCAGUGUCCAGCCCACUUUAAGCGUGACCAUUCCAGCCCAGCAUAUCAAGCCAAGUUUGGUCCAGGCACCGGAACAGCCGGCACAACCGGCACAAGCGGCACAGCCAUCGGUUCCAGCAGUAGGUUCAUUCAGCUUUAACUUUGACAGUAACCCCUACGAAAGUCCUUUUUCGUUUAAGACACAGGUGGAACAGCCAUCACAACCGGCACAAUCGGCACAGCCAUCGGUUCCAGCAGUAGGAUCAUUCAGCUUUGACUUUGGCAGCAACCCCUACGAAAGUCCUUUUUCGUUUAAGACACAGGUGGCUAAGGCAGCAGCCGAAAAACAAAAGGAACAGGAGGAAGCUGAGCUGAACCAAAGUGCGACUAGUGAUCUUAACAAAACUCUGCCACAAGAUACUUCAGCAGAUGAUUACGAUCCUCGGCCCGAUUUUAAGCCCAUCAUCCCGCUGCCCGAUGAAGUGGAGGUUCGAACCGGCGAGGAGGGCGAGGAGGUCAAGUUUACCAGCCGGGCCAAGCUCUUCCGGCAUGCGGACAAGGAGUGGAAAGAGCGCGGUACGGGGGUAAUCAAAAUUUUAUGCGACAAAGCCACUGGCGUUUCGCGAGUUUUGAUGCGUCGCGAUCAAACCCACAAAGUGUGUGCUAAUCACAAAAUCACUGCAGACAUUACGAUAAAUGUUGCCAGCCAGGACAAGGAUAAGAAAACCCUUUUGUGGGCAGCAAAUGAUUUUGCAGAUGAGCAAGUUACGUUGGAGAAAUUCCUGGUGCGUUUCAAAACAUUAGAGCUGGCUGAAGAGUUUAGAGUGGCUUUUACAAAUGCAAGCGAGGCCGCAAAGUCGGAGACCGUGAAAUCAACGGAAAAGACAGCGGAGCUCCCAAAGACCGACAAGGAAUCAACUGCGACAGCUCCUGCGGCAUUCAGUUUACCCAAGAGCUUUGUAACCAGCACCCCAGCAGCCAAUUCGCUUUUCAACAAGCCUCAGGAGCAAACGAAACCGCAGCCUAAGCCAGACCCACCAGCAACGGCAGCCAAGUCAUUGUUUGCAGCUCCUGCAACAGCUGCGCCUGCCUCUGCUGCACCAUUUGCCAGCUUUAGCUUCGGGGCGAAUGGAACAUCAGGAUUUGGAACUUCCAACGCCUCUCCUUUUGCAAACCUUUCCUUUGGCAGCACUUCUGCGGUGGGCAGCGCCAACAACACAACCCUCUUCACCACGGCUUUGAUCAAGGACAAUACAGUUCAAGGCCAAACGCCUCAGCAGUCCCAAUUGAACAAGUCUAACGCCUCGGACGCUGAUGAGGAGUAUGUGCCCACCGCCCAGUUUGCGCCGGUCAUUGCCCUGCCCGAACUAGUGGAGGUGGUCACCGGCGAAGAGAAUGAGGAUGUGCUCUUCGAGCACCGUGCCAAGCUUCUGCGUUGGGAUAGGGAAGCGAAUGAGUGGAAGGAGCGCGGCCUUGGUAAUAUGAAGCUCCUUCGGGAUCGCACUGAUCCCAACCAGAUUCGCCUGCUGAUGCGGCGCGAGCAGGUCCAUAAGCUGUGCUGCAAUCAGCGUCUGCUGCCCGAGACCAAGUUCAGCUAUGCUUCGAACAUAAAGGCAGCCGUCACAUGGGGUGGUCAGGAUUAUUCCGAUGAGGAGUUAACCACCGCAUUGCUCGCUGUGCGCUUUAAGUCGCAAGACGUCUGUCAGGAAUUCUUCGAAGCCGUGCAAAAGGCGCAACAAAGUAUUGGAAAGGAACCAAAGAAGGAGAAGGCCGCUUCUGCCGCUGGAGAAAAUGUUAAGGAGAAGGAGAAGCCAAUAAAGGGCUUUGGAGAUGCUUUCAAGCCAAAGGCAGGCAGUUGGAACUGCCAGGCCUGUUAUACCAGCAAUGGCCAGGAUCAGCUUUACUGCUUGGCCUGCCAGGAGCCCAAAGAUGCCACUGUUCCUCCCAAGCAAUCGGGGCUGGACCAAGGGAACGCGUUAAACCUUACCACUGGCUCCUCAAACAAGUUUUCGUUUGGCUUUGCCCCAGCAGCUCUUCCCGCCACAGGUGGAUUUAGCUUCGGAGCCGCUACCCAGCCAAAGGAGAAACCGGUAGUUGCAGCUGUGACCGCCUCGGUUUCAGCUCCUACGGCUGUUGCUCCAGCUCAAGCGGCAGCCCUUGGAUUUGGAAAGCCUUCAACCACUUCUGGAUUCGGAGACGCCUUCAAACCCGCUGUCGGUAGUUGGUCAUGUAACGAUUGCUAUGUGAACAAUCCUGGAGAGUCUCUUUACUGCAGCGCCUGUCAAUCGCCCAAGAAUGAGACGGUACCAAAGAAGGAAAACUCACUAGGAACGGGACUUAAUUUGCCCGCUUCCACCCAGUAUAGCUUUGGUUUCGGAGCUCCAGCAGCUAGUAACAAAGAUAAGACUGCUGAUGGCGCCAACAAGACCAAUGUCUUUGGAUCCGCCUCCUUCAACUUCGCGGCUCCGGCAAUGCCCGCAGCUGUUGCUCCGGCUACCUCAAUAGGAUCCAACAGCUUUACCUUCUCCAUGCCCAAGCCCGGCCAGCAACAGCCAAAGAGUCCAGCAGCUAAUGAGGGCGACGAUAACGAGUUGCACGUGGAGGAGGAGGAGAACAACACUUACUUUGCACCAGUCAUCCCAUUACCCGAUAAGAUCGAUGUGAAAACAGGUGAGGAGGACGAGGAGACAUUGUAUGUGCAUAAGGCCAAGCUGUACCGUCUGACCGAGGGCGAGUGGAAGGAGCGCGGCUUGGGGGAUGUGAAGAUCCUGCGCCAUAGGCAAACCAAAAAGUUGCGCGUGGUCAUGCGUCGGGAGCAGGUGUUCAAGAUCUGUCUUAACCAUGUGCUCAACGAGAAUGUGGUGUACAGGGAAAAGACCGAAUCAUCGUGGAUGUUUGCUGUACACGAUUUUAGCGAGGGCGAAAGUGUCCUUGAGCGAUUCACUCUGCGUUUCAAAAACAAGGAUGUGGCACAAGGCUUCCACGAAGCGGUGAAGAAUGCCCUUAAUGGAACAGCAAAGGCGAUAGAAGAUAGCCCAGAUUCCAAAUCAGCGGAAGCAACGAAAGCAAAUAGUUCCUCAAAUGAACCACUCAAAGACCAAGGUGGAGAGGCAAAGAGCAGCACAGGCCAACCAGAACUACUUGUCGGCAAAACGUCGUCUGUAAGGCCAACCACACACGAUGUAAUCCCUCCACUUCCCAUGACCCUUCCCCUACUGACUCUCCCCCAGCCAUUGGCCAAGCCUAACAAUUCCCUAACAUCCACUACCUCAAUAUUUAAAGCCAGUUCGCUGGGCGCAAAUAACUCCUCGUUCUCUGGCUUCGGUAAUUUAUCUGUGUCGGAGGCAAGCAAAACGUCUAGUUCGGCAUUCCAGUUCGGUAGCACGGAUAAAUCGGAGCCUAGAAAAGAUGCCGACCCCCUAGCCAAUCUUCAAAAAUUAGCAUCAGGCGAAGGACAAGGAAACGUAUUAGGAUCUAUAUUCCGCAGCGGCUUGUCAAACGAAAAUUCGGCUGAGGAUUCUGCCAAGUCCAUCUUCGGCGGUGGAGAUAAAUCCGCUGAGCAGCAGAAGAAAGAUUCGUCAAAGUCCAUUUUCGGAGGCGCUAAAGUGGAUUCCCAAUCACCAGCGAUCCAAGACGCACCGAAGCCGAUCUUCGGUGGAAUUGCCGCACCUGUAUUCGGAGACGCCAACCCAUUUGGAGGCCCCAAAGUUGAUUUACAAAAAUCAGAUGGCAAGGAAGCACCAAAGUCAAUUUUUGGCGGAUCCCCAUCGAUUUUUGGAUCCUCCAACGCUUUUGGAAGCACCAAAACUGAAGUUUUUGGAGGUGCACCUGCCGGUGGCUUUGUGUUUGGCAGUGGUAUCAGUAGUGCACCCGUUUUUGGACAAAAGCAACCCGUCGUCUCAUUCACGGAUGCGGGCAAACAGGCACCUACUGAAAUUGAGAAGGAAAAGGACAUAACCUCGAAUAAAUCCCCCGUCGUUGAAGAAAAGAGUAAGGACCAGACGGAAGCGGUGCCGGAGACCAGCACUUUUGCCGACUUGGCCAACAAAGCCGGUAGCACGUUUGCUGAUUUGGCAAGUAAACCGGGCGGCACUUUUGCUGACUUGGCGAACAAGGCGGGCAAUGACUUUGCCAACCUUUCGGCCAAUAGCCCGGGCCCUGCCGUUGGAUUCAACAAGUCCGCCGGUGGCGGCUUCUAUAACCUCACGCAUCAGAACGCAUUCAAGAACUUUCAGUCUUCGCCGCAAACAGCCAAAGACGAGUCUGGCACCGCAGAAGGCGGCGAUGAUGAUGGCGACGCCACCACUGAUGACAACUACGAUCCGCACUAUGAUCCGAUUGUCGAGCUGCCGGAUGAGAUUGUCGUCACCACGGGAGAGGAGAACGAGUCUAAACUGUAUGGCGAGCGGGCGAAGCUAUAUCGGUAUGACCCCGAAUCCAAGCAAUGGAAGGAGCGAGGAGUCGGUGAGAUAAAGGUGCUGGAGCACCCGGAGCUGCAGACAUUCCGACUGGUCAUGCGGCAAGAGCAGAUCCACAAGCUGGUGCUUAACAUGAAUAUCUCCUCCUCCCUGCAAAUGGAUAACAUGAAAGAUCAGAAGAAGAGCUUCCUGUGGGCCGGUUACAACUAUGCGGUGGAUGCAGAGGGUAAGGUGGGCAGCGAGGGCGUCCUGGAACGCCUUGCCUGUCGAUUUGGCAAGGAGGAGAUCGCCGAUAAGUUCAUCAAAACGGUCAAUUCGUGCAUAGAACGUACCAAGGCCUUGCACGGUGAUGAGGAGGACGAGAAUGACGACGCGCCGGAGGAGCAGGAGAGCUCAUAAGCAAACCGGAUCUAAAUAUAUGUAGCCUGGCUAGGAUUGUGUUAGAAUAUUCCUCCCAAAUAGUAGCGGAAAUUGCUAUUUCACAUUUUCCUAAUAAACCUUUGAUAAAUAUUAAUAUCACUUUUGAAAGGCCUACGAAUUUGACAACAAAUCCGAAAACCAUUUUGUUCACAUAAAAUUAUGGAUGUUAUUUUUAAGUCACAAUUAUAAAAAUAAGAAAAAAAAGUUCUGCAUUAAAAAUUAAGUUAAGUUUUUAGCGAAAUAAAUUUGAAUAUUGAAUCCGA